GUCUGGAAAGUAUGUACUGGAAAUGCUGCGAAGAAAGAUUUUGCUUCGACAAGAAGAUAGCUACCUAUAAGUUAGAAGAGGAUACAAUCUACACAAAUGGAUACACGAACAUGGGAGCUAGCCUGAACAGCGUUGUUACCCAGCAGCCCAUUAAUAAUAACCACUUGCCGCCAAGAGAUGUCCCUGGAAGAGAGAUAAAUGAAUUACCUUUGCAUGCUGACAAGUUGUACGAGGUCUUCUCUAAAUCACUCAUAUUUAGAGAAGAGCACGAACUUAAAGCUAACAGUACAAAUUCUCUUGACGAAAUAGAAACCAAAUCAGAACCUGACUACAUAGACAAACCAAAUCGAACCAAAGUGUACUUCGAAGAUGAAGUCAAUUCCCCUGUAACUGAUUUUGAAAUUAUGUUCAAAGAUGAAAUAUUAGCCCACGAAAUAUUUAAAAUAGACGAAGAACAAGAAAGCCUUAAGAGUCAAGAUGCAGAAGAAGGUCUAGUUAUGAAUGUUUCUCUUAAGAAACAGGAUGUCAUAAAACCAAGUACUAUCACAAUCAAAGACGAAACAAAGAUUACAACACAAAAUCCUAUUUAUAAAUAUGAUCCUGUAUCGAAUUUAGCUGUUCCUUCAACUUUGUCAUUGCCAAGAGGAGAUAACGUUAAGGGAAUUCUUAGACAAAGGGAUUUACCUAGAAGCAACAGCGCUAGGACGUUAGAAAAUGCUGACAGUGGAAGUAAAUUAAUUAAGCCAACGUUGAAUAAAGUAGACAGCCUAAAGAAUGUCGAUCCAGAUAAAAUUAAUAAGUUAUUGGCAAGAGUGCCACAAAGAAGCGCAUCGUUCUUAAAUAUCCCUGAACAUUUAGUUCCUGAGAAGCCUCCGUUAAAUAAGAGCAAAUCUAUGGUUGGUAUACUACCAGGAUCUGACGAACUAAGACUCAGUAGUCUACCGGAUACUCCAAUAAUAAAGAGUAAUAACCUACCAAGGUUCUUUGCUGAAGUUCCACCGGUACCUGAGUAUAAAGGUGAAACAAGUCUUCAAGCGAUAAAGCAGCAGCAAUCAGCAAUGAUGCACAAGGAAGACUUCAGUAUGCCAAGGUAUUAUGGUACUGUGAACAAAUCACUAGAACAUCUUCCUGUACAUGAAAGUAAAUCUAUGCCUGAUUUGCGGAACCCAACUUCAACAGGAAAAGUAAGUAAGAGGUUAGUGAAACUGAGAAGUCGUUUGAAGCCAUUAGUGAUAAAGAAGAGUUCAGAUGAAAUAUUAUAAUGGAAGACUAUAUCGAAAGAAAAUUACGUGAUAGUGUUGUAUAAUAAGAAUAGCCAAUAAGAAAGCCCAAAUUUUUAUACAAUUCGUUAAUGGGCUAAUGAAAGUUGUAGGAUACUACUUAUUAGAGAAAACCAUCGCGUAUAUAACCAGAAAGAGAUACGAAAUGUCAUUUAAUUUGUUUGAAAACUAUUCUGCCAAACCAUUACUGUGACAACUGCGCUCCGAUAAUUCAGCCCGAAUUCGAAACAUUCAGG